ACUUCCUUACGCCAUCGAAGCAUUUACACUUUGCAUUUUCUCUCCGAUCAUUCUUCUUUCAAAUCUCUCUCUCUCUCUCUCUCUCUCUCUCUGUCUGAAAAUGUCGGGCCGUGGAAAGGGAGGCAAGGGCUUGGGCAAGGGCGGAGCAAAGAGGCAUCGCAAGGUCCUGAGGGACAACAUCCAGGGAAUCACGAAGCCGGCGAUCCGGCGUCUGGCUCGCCGUGGUGGCGUCAAGCGUAUCAGUGGUCUGAUCUACGAGGAGACCCGUGGCGUCUUGAAGAUUUUCCUGGAGAACGUCAUCAGAGAUGCGGUGACUUACACUGAGCACGCGAGGAGGAAGACGGUUACCGCCAUGGAUGUCGUGUACGCACUGAAGAGGCAGGGGAGGACUCUGUACGGGUUCGGCGGCUAGAUUGCUGAUCGAGUUAGGGUUUCAAGGAUAGGCUUUCGCUUCUUUCUGCUAAUGUGAUUGUAGAUCUUAGCUCUAGAUCUGUGUAGCUUCGUGCUUCAGUGAAUGUGGAUUUUCUGUUUCUGUAGCUUAGUUUGAUAUCUGCAGCAAUGGAAUUCGAUUUCUGCAUGAUUUCUGCUCC